AUGCCAGUCAAUCCACCCCAAACUCCAGGGAGGGGUCAAGCCGGUUCAGUACAAUCUCAUUCAUCCAACCCAUCUAGGAAUGAUGACUCGGGCUCUGGAGCGGAAACCCCCGCCCGCAGACGUCUUGUAAAGGCAGCUUCAACCAAUUUCCAUACGAAUUCUACGAACAAUUUCGAUUCUCAGCCCUCGAGGGGAGUAGCGGGUCCUCGUGCUGGGGGGGCAAACCGCAGGCAAUUAUCUGUUCGAGGCAAUGCCCCUCAGGGGCCGCGACCGCAAGACGCUUCGCGCUGGAGCAAACCGUCCGGUGGCUACUUCCAUUCCGAAACUUCAUCAAUCGACUCAAGCAACGAUUCUAAAGGAUACAACCUCCGAUCUACGAGUGUGGGAAAUUUGGCGAAGCAAGAUACUACUCAAAUUCCUCCGGACAGCAUGGAUUUUUUGGCGCCAAUAAAUUUCGAUGACUUUCACAACAGCAUCAUGGCGGAGCCCAGUUUGAAUCACUUCCCUAUGCCCGGAAAUGGAGGCGCGAGCUCCGAGAAUAGAGACUCGGGUCUGUCUACCAACAGUUCCUGGACAAAUAACAGCUACGAGAGCAAUGUUUCUGAUCGCACAAGAAACGCGUCCGCCCGCCGGAAGAGCGAAGUAUCGCGGUUCCAUAUUCAAAAUGUUCCAAAUCCGGGGUUGCUCACGACCUCUGGCAACACGCGGUCGCGACGCCAAAGCCUUGCUCAGCCCGCCGCCAAUGCAGGCAAUAGUAGCCCCGGUGUCGGGUCGCGUCCGUCUCGCAAAUCCAUCAGCUCUGGCGCAUUCGCCCCGACCAGUGCUUCAGCAAGGCGCGCCAGCUUGAGUGCCCGCAAGGUUAGCACCGACCCGUUGCGAGAGUCGAAUGGUCUUCUUCGACCGCGGGGCACCCAGACAGAUUUGGGGCGGGAUGAACCUAAAGUUCCCUCCUCUCUGCGAAGCCUCAAGGCAAAGUCUUUCCAACCCAUUCCACGAGAGCCGCGCGGGGCUUAUUUGACCGCGUCCGGGACAGCGGAUCACAGCCGGUCCUCGUCGACUAAUGCUGUUCGUACGCCUGUCAAGAAUAACACAUCCGGAAUUCCCGCUGAGGCAACACCCACAUCUUCUUGUUCAUCUUCCAAGCGUAUGUCUGUCAUGCCGCAUGCUACUGGUUUAGGCGCCCGCACCAUCAGUCCCACGGAUGCACGGCGCAUGAAGCGGAUGUCCAUCGCACCUCCUGCACCUCCUAUGCCACAUACCCCACCCACACAAACAGAGCCCCUUCCUGUUCGGCCUCUUUCCUCAACCCAAUCCCCUUCCUUCCUCCCACGAAAAAGCAUCACUCCAUCCUCUAACCGGACCACGCCAGAUCCCAACCGCAAGUCCUACAGCUCUGGUUUAUCGUUGUCAUCAAACACUAGCUACAACUCAAUCCGGAACUCCAGCAGCUCGCUUCAGCCCCGUCUUUCUCAGAACUUCUCAUCUUCGCGAUUACCUACGCCGAAGCCACGCGCCGAUCAAUCGGCGUCAAAUGGAGAGGAAGAAGUGCCUCCAGUGCCUGCAAUUCCCAAGGCCUAUGAAUCCCCCAAGGGUGAAUUGGAUGCACCAGUCUUCCCGGCUCCAAGAAAGUCCAGUUUGCCAGUGGAUAUCAGUCAACUGCAAAUUACACAGGACUCAGAAAUGGAUACCCAGCGUCGAGUCGGCGCUACUGGUGAUGAUAAUAAUAAUGACUUUGCGACUGAGCGGACGACAAAAACGCCCGAGUCGCGAACACGAACAUCCACGGUCUUAGGUCGCAAGGGCCUGCAGCCAUUGAAGCUGCCUCCUUUGAACCUUCUGCCUCUGGGAACUCCAAUGACCACGAAGAUCGAAGCUUUAAAAGACCGAGGAGCGGAAGAGCGAAAGUCUUAUACUCCUUCCAAUCAAGUCCAAUCAAAGACACCCAGCACACCGAUGACUGCUUCAAAGGCAUCUAAUUUCUGGUCAUUCCGCGAUGAUGAAGAUAAGGCCCCUGCCACCCAGGUACGCAGCAGUACGUCCCAUUUUGCGAUCAGCACCAGCUCCACAGCGGCUGCAUUACGGGCGGCCAGCAGUACCAGCGCGUUUGAGUCACUCGAUACACCCAGUGGCACGCGGAACAUAUCGCCAUACGCAUCAUACACACUGCCCAAGAGUGGGAGUGAGUUUAAUGCUCUCCGUCAUCAGGCUAGUGGCGACUAUUCCAAUAACCGAGCAUCUCAUUCGUACAAGUUGACUGGUCCACGCCCACAAACACAGAGCGCUACUUUUACACCUGCUGCGGAAAGAUUAAGCCAGAUUUCGACCCCGUCCGAGCCAGACAGCACCACUGCGGUGUCUAAUCCCUCACUUCGGGAUCGCUUGAAUGUCGCACGAGUUCGCAGCAACUCCAAGAUAACUCCCUCAUCUGACACGGAUACCGAUCCCUCCAAAUACGAUCAUAUGCCACCACCUAAGCUCCCCGCAUCUGCAACAUGGAACAAUCUGUCUUCUGUGCCUUCGACCAGUCCUAGCAUCAAGACAUCCUAUCUUAAGCCCCGCCGCCAAUCAUCUGUGUCCAGCAUAACAAAGCAAUCGGUUUCCCCUCGAAAGCCCAGCGUUAGCAGCGAACUAAGUGUCAACUUGGAGCCAACUCGUUCCAAUGAUUCUUCCGGGAGUCUUGAUCCUUCGCAUGCCCGACCUACCAGCACAUAUGUGUCUCCGGUGCACAAAAUCAUCAGCUCUGCUCGUUCCAGUGCUGCAGCUGCAGCUUCUCGGUCGGCGGACUCCAGUGUUGACGCUGACAUAGUGAUCGCGGAUGAGGAAAUGAGGAGGCUUGGAGCCAAACGCAAGGACUUUGAGAGUGCCGCCAAAACAUUAGACGAAUUACGUCGCAAGGCAGGACCUAAGGAUCGUGUAAGUCCGGCCUCAGCUCUCAAGAUGGCCAACUUGAACAUCUUUGAGCGCGGUGAGAUCAUUGAUUACAGAGAUAUCUUCUUCUGUGGCACUCAAAACGCGAAGAAGCAUGUCGGUGAUCUCCACUCGGGUACUGCAAACUUUGGAUACGAUGACGAUCGUGGUGACUACAACAUUGUAAUGGGCGAUCAUCUUGCAUACCGCUACGAAGUUGUGGAUGUCCUUGGCAAGGGAAGUUUCGGACAAGUCGUGCGAUGUGUUGAUCAUAAGACUGGUGCUUUGGUCGCAAUCAAAAUCAUCCGCAACAAGAAACGAUUCCAUCAGCAAGCUUUAAUCGAAGUCAAUCUUCUCCGGAAGUUGAAGGACUGGGAUCCGGAUCGUCGCCAUAGCGUGGUCAACUUUGUCGAGAAUUUCUAUUUCCGUGGUCAUCUCUGCAUAUCGACAGAGCUUCUGGGAAUCAAUCUCUACGAGUUCAUCAAGGCGCACGACUUCAGAGGAUUCAAUAUUAAGCUCAUCCGUCGGUUUACCAAGCAAAUGCUCAGCAGUCUUACCCUGUUGCACGCCAAGAAGGUCAUUCAUUGCGAUUUGAAACCAGAGAACAUUCUUCUUGUUCACCCGUUGAACUCUGAAAUUCGAGUGAUCGAUUUCGGCUCCAGUUGCUUCGAAAACGAAAAAGUCUACACAUACAUCCAGAGUCGAUUCUACCGUUCACCUGAGGUCAUCUUGGGCAUGUCUUAUGGUAUGCCCAUCGACAUGUGGAGUAUCGGAUGUAUUCUUGCUGAACUGUUCACCGGAUAUCCUAUCUUCCCGGGUGAGAAUGAACAGGAACAACUGGCCUGCAUCAUGGAAGUCUUUGGUCCUCCUGAGAAGCACUUGAUUGAGAAGAGCACACGCAAAAAGUUGUUCUUCGACUCCCUAGGCAAGCCACGUUUGACUGUCUCAUCUAAGGGCCGGCGCCGUCGUCCCAGCUCCAAGGAGCUUCGUCAAGUUCUCAAGUGCGACGAUGAACCCUUCUUGGAUUUCAUCACUCGUUGUCUGCGUUGGGAUCCAGCCCGUCGACUGACCCCUCACGAUGCCUUGAAGCACGAGUUCCUCACCGGUAUCAAACCAUCAGCUCGUCCCAGAAUGUAUGCCCAGGCCACCGCAAGCUCGCCAUCUAAGCGUAGCACCGCCUCCAAUGGGCGUCCGCUACCCGAGCCCCCCAGUUCAACCUUGAAGACUGGCACAUUCCUGCGCAAUCGCGAUCCAUCUGGAAAUUCUCCGGUCAAGGGUUCUGGGAAGCGCCAUUCAACAGUCAGCGGUCCCCCGCCGUCCAGUCCCGCCAAGCGAGCGGCCAAUAAUUCCACCACACUGCCUCGUGCUUCCGCACGAAGCAUUAGUGGAAAGCCCGAUCUUGCUACCGCGGCGGCUGCGACCAGCUUAGUGAGUAGCAUGGAGCCACUGGCUGGUUAG